GAGAAGAGCAAGCUUGGUCAGUAUCUAAGCCAAGUGAUUCCCGAAACGUCUCCAUUCUUGUUCUUGUCGUUUAUACCUUCAGGUCCAAACGUGCUUCAGAUAUUUUCUGUCUUACACCAGUUUGAAACAAGAGGGUUGAGACUUCCUUUUCAUUGUUUUUAUUAUAAUGUUUUCUUAAGCAGGGAAAGUAAAUAACAAUCAUGGAUAAACCACAAAUUAUCUUACACAUUCAAAAAUCUCUUAAUUAUACACUUUUUGACACAAAGUGGAUACCUUGCAGUGCAAAAUUUGUUGUUCUUGGCAACUAUGCAAGAGGUACAGGUGCACUACAGGUAUACGAAGUUUCACAUGGAGAAUUAAAAUGCAUUACAGAUGUUGAAAAAUCAAAACCAUUUAAAUGUGGAACAUUUGGAGCAUCCAGUUUACAGAACAGACAUUUAGCAACAGGGGAUUUUGAAGGCAAACUUCAAAUAUGGAACUUGGAGAAUCUGGAGCUUCCUCUGUAUUCUGUCAAAGCCCACAAGGAAAUUAUCAACAGCAUUGAUGCAGUAGGAGGCCUGGGCAUUGGAGAAGGGGCUCCAGAAAUAGUUACAGGAAGCAGAGAUGGAACAGUGAAAGUGUGGGAUCCAAGACAGAAAAAUGAGCCUGUAGCGAGUAUGGAGCCAGGCGAAGGAGAGUCCAAGAGGGAUUGUUGGACUGUUGCUUUUGGACAUGCCCACAAUGCUGAAGACAGGUGUGUUGCUGCUGGCUAUGACAAUGGUGAUAUUAAGUUAUUUGAUCUCAAGGCUAUGGCUUUGCGAUGGGAGACAAACAUAAAAAAUGGAGUGUGUUGUCUUGAGUUUGACCGCAAAGAUAUCAGCAUGAAUAAACUGGCAGCGACAUCACUUGAAAGCAAAUUCCAUAUCUGGGACAUGCGUACGCAGCAUCCACAAAAAGGAUUUGCAUGCGUUACUGAAAAGGCUCACAAGUCCACAGUAUGGGCUGUAAGGCACUUGCCACAGAAUCGAGACAUUUUCAUGACAACUGGUGGCAAUGGAUCACUUAACCUUUGGAAAUAUUCCUAUCCGUCAAAUCGUGUGACCAAAGAUGGUGAAGGAGUUGCCAUGGGUGUGGCUGGAACAAUAAAUUUACAACAAAAUGUUACACUGUCUACCCAACCGAUCAGCAGUUUUGACUGGUCACCAGACAAGGAAGGCCUUGCUGUAUGCUCUUCAUUUGAUCAAACAGUUCGUGUUGUCAUAGUUACCAAACUGCGGACAAUAUGAACACAAGGUGUAACAGCAUGUUGUACACUGCUGUGAAAAUAAGUUCCUCCUGCAGACAGUUUUUUUGUUAACGAAUUGUUGAAUGAUUUUGCAGCUGCUUUGAAGAAUAAAAUGUUAUCCCAUGUGUGAUCA